UAGACGAAAAAGGUUCCUCCUCUUCUCAGUGUUGUUUCUCAGACUAUUUCUUGCUUUGGCAGGGAAUAAUUUCAAUCCUUUAAGAAAAAAAAAUGCCACGGGAAGUUGAAUGUGAGAAAAAUUGUUUCACUUUUACCUGGAAAUUGGAAAAUGCAAAUUACUGCUGCCAAAACGUAGGAGAGUACAUUGAAAGUUCCUCAUUCGAAGUUGAUGAAUUAGAAGAAACGAAGUGGAAGUUGAAAUUGUACCAUAGAACUCGUAGACAGAGAAAUGUGAUUGCGUUCUAUUUGCAAAGAGAGGGAGAGAUUAAAGGAGCGGAAAGCGUAGAUAUAGAUUACGAACUCGCUUUCUUAUCAUUGGAUAGUACAGUUUUGAAAUAUUUAGGGAAAAGAAGAAGAAGAUUUAGAACAAAUGAAUGUUUUGAAUCUGAUUUCUUUGUUUCACGAAAUGAAAUGUUUAUUAAUAGAAGGGCAGCAUUUUUGCCCCAGAACACUCUUACAAUCCGCUGCAAGAUAUGGAAAAGUGAUGAAGAAUUUUCAAAAAAAGUACUGUGCAUCGCUCGCACCCGUAUAAUUCUGGAAAAGCGGUCAUUCAUUUGGAACAUUGAGAAUUUCAGCUCUCUAAAAUCGGAAGAAAUACGAACCGGUGAAAUUAAAUCUCUGGAGACUGGUGAACAAAUAAUGCAUUUUGAACUUUUUGUAAUCGAAGAAGAAUUGCCAGAAGAAAAAGUUCGUUUCGCUGUUACUCCUAAUAACGAAAUUAUAAGAAUUUCCUCUUUCCAGUUGUUCGUUGUGGAUGUUUUUAAAAAUCUGAUUGAAUGUUCCCAAGAUGAAUUUUGGUAUAUUGAUCCUAAUGGAAGGAAAGAGUUUCUUCUUUUUCUUACAAAGAAGAAGUUAAUGGAAAAGAAAAAAGAAUAUUUACCAAACGACGUUCUUUCGUUGCAAUGCGAGUUUUCUUUUACUUCUGGUAUCGUGUUUCAGGAAACCAACAAAAUCAUCUCUUUCUCACCAUCCAUUGAGAGUACUGAACAAGAAAAUCGUCAUUUGCACGAUGAAAAAGAUUUACCUGUUCCAAAAGGUAUUUUAAUUGACAAUCUGAAGUCAAUGUUGAACAACAGUUGUUUUUCUGACGUAAAAUUGAGGACGAAUGGUCAGGUCUACUUCGCCCAUAAAUGUAUUCUCAGUUCUCGAUCUGCGGUGUUCGAAGCUAUGUUUUCGAACGACAUGAAAGAAAAAAUGAACGACUGCGUGGACAUAGAAGAUCUUAAUGACGACACAGUCUUGCGUAUGCUUCGAUACAUUUACAGUGCCGAGGUCGAAGAAUUGGAGUGGGACAGUGCAGCUGAGUUGUAUGAAGCAGCUGAUAAAUACCAGCUUCUCGACUUGAAGGGUAUAUGCUCAUGCUACUUAAAGGACAACUUGCAACCAAGUAACGCAUGUGCGACGUUGGUGCUGGCUGAUCUACAUCAAGAUGAGGAACUGAGAUGCUUCGCACGGGAUUUCAUCCUGAGACAUGGAAAAGACAUCAAUUCUGAAGAAUGGGAAAAGCUGUUGAGUUCUAAUCUGAAAUUAGCCGCCGAAAUGAUGCGUCUGAAAUUUCAAGAAUAGCUAAAAGCAGAGUCGAAAAGAAAAUAUAGCUCAAUAGUCAGACAACAGGCCUUUCAAUUGUCGUUUCAUGUUUUUGCUCAUAUUACUGUAUUAAUUAAUGAAUAACUUCUAACAAAGGAUGUUUGUAUACGUAAUCUUUUAAUAAAUAUUAU